AUGGCGGAGCUCCCAUGGACGGAGGCCGACGUGAUACAGCGCUGCCAGCAUGAGUAUCAGGCUGCAGCCCGUGAAGGAGGUCAGGAGGGCCAGGAUGCGACCGUUCGACUGGCAUGGGCCCAGGUCCACUCCACCAAGACUAGCGACGUCGACCGCGGUGUAGAGUUGCUACAGGCCAUGCUCACCCAGGAGUCUGCAGAUACCAGGGACCUCCUGUACCUCCUGGCCGUGGGUCAGUAUCGCCGCAGGCACUACCUGGACGCGCGCACGACGCUGCGAGACCUGCUCAAGGGGAACCCAGAGUUCAGGCAGGCCGAAUCGCUGUUGAAGAGUGUGGACGAGGACAUUGUGCGGGAUGGCUUGGUAGGAGUUGGGGCGGGAGCUGCCGUCAUCGGGGUGAUAGGCGCCAUAGCCUAUGCCGCGCUGAGGAAGCGAUGA